AUGCCGUUUUGGGCCUUGGCAACCAGAGAACGGGAAUUAGAAGCCGAGACUUGUGAUUACGGUUCCGAGUUUCGUGAUAACGACUUCUUGACUUGCAUUGGCGCUGCAUUACGGCCACAUUAUCUGGGUCCCCGAGCAGGGAUCGUGUCACUUGCCUCUCCGCACAUCGCAACGCAAACAUCGGACGUGGCACUGGAAAGCAAAUGUGAGAUUCUUCGCGUUGUUGCGUCGGUUCUCCAAGCAUCAAAUGUCAUUCAGGAUUCGGAUGCCGGAUUAAACGAGAACAGCACUCCUUGGCUAACGGGGCCUUCUGCUCGAGAUGAUCUGAGGGAAAAUGGUGCUUUGGACGCAGUGCUGUCAUCUGUCACAUUGUUGGCGAAUGGACGGGGCGACAUCACUCAAGCUCCCCGGCGGACGGGCGAUUGCCGCAUCUUACAUCACCGCCGUCGCAACUCGCCCCUGACUUGCCCUGUUUGGCCAGCGCUGGAUGUUGUCCUGAGCUUUUGCCGGCUGCUGGAAGUUGCUGCCCUUCACCGCAAGCCCUUUCGGCAGUGUGAUGGAGGCUUUGGUUCUCUGACCGAGCAAUAUCGAGAACCUGGAGAUGGCAAAAAGGGGGAGACCACUGAAGCUCCAGCGGUGACCACACCGAUCCAAUCUCAUGGGAAGGAUUCAGCUCUCGAAAAACAGGGAAAAACAGAAGGAAUGAGCAAAGACUACGGGGUUGAUUACUGCAUGUACUACGUAGGGGGUUGUUGUAGGACAGACCAGGGGUACCAGAGUGGCAGAGAGUCACUGGACAAGGGGACGGACGGCAGCCGAAGCGAGGGGGAUCAUUAG